AUGCCUUCGUACUAUAUAUCAAGCAACUUCAAAGACGACACCCAAGUCAUCCUCAUCUCACAACACUUCUUCACAGCACAACCACACUUCUCGAUUAUCCCUUCUCAUCCAAAAUCUAUUCUCAGUUACAUUCCUCCCAUUCCGCUCUAUUCAACCCCAGCCCAACUAAUAAAUACCCUCCAGGUCGUCUCCCCCCUCCAAGCAAUCCUCGACUACGAACUCUCCCUCGCCAUCCCCCCCGGCUGGGUAAACCACUCCAUAUCAUCCACCGCGCCUACCGGCACAUGGCAAGCUCUCGAACGCGGCGAGAUCCUCCUCGACUCCCACUUCUUCCGCGCCUUCCACAAGGAUCUGCACAACCCCGAGCUCUGGCGCUCCUUUUACCAAAACAAGCGUAAGCCAAUUCAUAUCUUCCCUACUCUCUGCUUUUUCAAGAGACCUUAUCCCAACACACCCAUCCCCCCACUCCCCGAAAUGGACGUCGAAGCCCUCUUCUGGUCAAUGAUGCGCGCAUCCCGCCACCAAGACCCAUGGAUGUAUCCGGCGCUCAACAAACUAAAAAAAAGCGGUAAAUACAUCAUAGCCGCCCUCUCCAACACCGUCAUCUUCCCGCCCUCGCACCCCUACUCCUCGCACACCAACACCAUACACGCCUUCUUCGACGUCUUCAUCUCCUCGGCACACGUCGGGCUGCGGAAACCCGAGCCAGAGAUCUACUACCUCGCACUACGGGCCGUCGACGAGUUUUCUCGGAACAGUGGGCGGGGAGAAGUGCAGGCGGACGAUGUGUUGUUUCUCGAUGAUAUCGGGGAGAAUCUCAAGGCGGGGAGGCGGACGGGGUUUAGGACGCUGAAGGUAGGCUUAGGAAGGGCGUUUGAGGCGGUCGAUGAGUUGGAGGCGAUUACCGGGUUGGAGUUGGGGGGGUCGCAUCCUCUGGUUGCUGUUGAGCCGAAGAUUCCUUCAUCC